AUGUCAACAACCCCGCAAGAGCUCGUUCCCCAGACAGAGAACAUCGCUGAGGUCUAUGCCACAGAUGAUGCCUCGGUCACCUCCGUUUCUCCAGAGCACCAGACCCGUUUCAAUGGUCUGAUCUCUAAAUUCAGCCAGCUGUACAACCAUCGUCCCGACUUUGUCGCCCGCAGUCCUGGCCGUGUCAACAUUAUUGGCGAGCACAUUGACUACAACCUGUACGAUGUCCUUCCCACUGCUGUCAGCGUCGACGUCAUCAUGGCCGUGAAGGUGGUGCCCUCCAGUGGAGAGCCGUUCGUGAAGAUCGCCAACGUCCAGCCCGAGAAAUUUCCCUCUCGCGAAUUCACAGUACCCCGCGACACUGAUAUCGAGAUCGAUCCUAAGCAACACGAAUGGGUCAACUACUUCAGAGCUGGACUUUUGGGUGCCUUGAAGUUCUUGCGCAAAACAAAGCAAGAUGGCUCCUUUGUGCCUGCCAGCGUAGAAGUUCUUGUGGAUGGGAAUGUGCCCCCUGGCGGUGGAAUCUCCAGCAGCGCGGCUUUCGUGUGCUCGAGCGCGCUGGCCGUUAUGAAAGCGAACAACCACAAUGUCUCCAAGCAAGAUCUGCUUGACCUCGCUGUGGUCUCGGAGCGUGCAGUUGGUGUGUACUCUGGCGGUAUGGACCAGGCAGCCUCCAUCUUCUCCCGUCGCGGAUAUCUGCUCUACACCCAGUUCUUCCCCAACUUCUCCGUCCAGCACGUCCCCAUUCCCAAGGCCUCUGAAGAGAUUACCUUCCUCAUGGCCCAGAGCUUCGUCACCUCUAACAAGGCAGAGACCGCGCCCCGCCAUUACAACCUGCGCGUCGCAGAAUGCACCCUCGCCUCCGUGGUCCUGGCCGCUCAGCACGGCCUAACCCUCCCCAAGGACAACAGCUCCCUGGGCUACAGUCUCCGCAACUUCCACGAAGAGCUAAUGCGCAAGGAAGGCCGUCUCGGCGACCCCCUCGAGUACCAGAUCGACUCCGUCAUCCAGACGACCAUGGAGCUCCUCACCCAGGAACAAGGCUACACCCGCGAGGAGAUUGCCAAGCUCCUCGGCAUCACGGUCGCAGACCUCGAAGCCAAAUACCUGUCUUCAUUCCCCGUUCAAGCCGAGCGCUUCCUCCUGCGCCAGCGUGCUCUGCACUGCUUCACCGAGGCUCGUCGUGUGCUCGACUUCAAGGCCUGCCUUGCUAAGGCGACUACUCUCGAUGAGAGGCGCAUCGAGUAUCUUGGACAACUGCUGAACGAGUCUCAGGCUUCCUGCCGUACUCAGUAUGAGUGCAGCGCGCCCGAGGUUGACGACAUCUGUGCUAUUGCCCGUCGGGCGGGUACCUGGGGCAGUCGUCUUACUGGUGCUGGAUGGGGUGGUUGCACUGUGCAUAUGCUGCCGCAGUCUAAGGUCGAUGCUGUUAUCAAGGCUCUGAAGGAGUAUUAUCUGAAGAAGUUCCCUGAUAUCAGUGAGGAGAAGUUGGCCCAGGCCAUGGUUAUUAGCAAGCCUUCUAACGGUUCCUUUGUGUAUGUCUCCUCGCCUUGGCUUCGCUAUGUUGUGGAUCAUCAUGAUUGUGCAUCUUGCUAA